AUGGCAGACAACGAAGAGAAGGUGUACCAGCAGGAGGUUGCAGAGGUUAAGAAGUGGUGGACUGACUCGAGGUGGCGAUACACCAAGCGUACCUUUACUGCUGAGCAGAUUGUUGCUAAAAGGGGGACUAUUCCAAUAUCAUAUCCAGGCAAUGUCUUGAGCAAAAAGCUAUGGAACAUACUGGAGGGGAGGUUCAAGAAUAAGGAGGCUUCCUUCACCUACGGCUGUUUGGACCCGGUCAUGGUCACGCAGAUGGCCAAGUACCUGGACACUGUGUACGUCUCCGGAUGGCAGAGCUCAUCCACCGCAAGCUCGACAGAUGAACCUGGUCCGGAUCUCGCGGAUUAUCCAUACACUACCGUCCCGAACAAGGUCCAACAUCUAUUCAUGGCGCAACUUUUUCACGACAGGAAGCAGCGUGAAGAGCGUGUGACUACUGCAAAGGCCGAUCGGGGCAAACUCCAGAAGAUCGACUUCCUCCGCCCCAUCAUUGCCGAUGCCGAUACAGGUCAUGGUGGUUUAACUGCCAUCAUGAAGCUCACCAAGCUCUUCAUUGAGAAGGGUGCUGCGGGUAUUCACAUUGAGGAUCAAGCUCCAGGAACUAAGAAGUGCGGUCACAUGGCUGGAAAAGUGCUCGUUCCGAUCGCUGAACACAUCAACCGUCUCGUCGCUAUUCGUGCGCAGGCCGAUAUCAUGGGAAGUGAUCUUCUCGCUGUAGCGCGCACGGAUUCUGAAGCUGCCACCCUAAUCACCUCCACAAUUGACCCUCGCGAUCACCACUACAUUCUCGGUGCGACCAAUCCAGCUCUUCAGCCUCUCAACGAUCUCAUGAUAGCUGCUGAGAACGCCGGUAAGAACGGGGCACAACUGCAGGCUGUAGAAGACGAAUGGAAUGCACAAGCAGGUCUCAAGCUUUUCCACGAGGCUGUUAUUGACACUAUCAACGCCGGUGUUCACGUGAACAAGAAGGAUCUCAUCAGUCAAUUCACGACUGCAUCCAAGGGUAAGAGCAACGCGGAAGCCCGCGCAAUUGCGAAAGGAUUGACUGGUGUUGAUGUUUACUUCGAUUGGGAUUCACCGAGAACGAGAGAGGGUUACUACAGGUACCGUGGUGGCUGUGAAUGUGCCAUCAACCGCGCUGUUGCAUAUGCUCCCUACUGCGACCUGAUUUGGAUGGAGAGUAAGUUGCCCGACUAUGCGCAAGCGAAGCAAUUUGCCGAUGGUGUCCACGCCGUUUGGCCCGAACAGAAGCUCGCGUACAACUUAUCUCCAUCGUUUAAUUGGAAGGCUGCAAUGCCGCGUAACGAACAAGAAACUUACAUUCAGCGUCUAGCCUCCAUGGGUUACUGCUGGCAGUUCAUCACUCUCGCGGGUCUGCAUCAGACUGCACUAAUGGCGGAUACCUUUACCAAGGCAUAUGCCAAGCAGGGCAUGCGAGCAUAUGGCGAGCUCAUUCAGGAGCCAGAGAUGGUCAACAAGGUGGAGGUUGUGACACACCAGAAAUGGUCCGGAGCAAAUUAUGUGGAUGAGCUGUUGAAGAUGGUGAGCGGUGGUGUAAGCAGCACCAGUGCAAUGGGCAAGGGUGUGACCGAGGACCAGUUCAAAUAA